CAUCAGUUGCGAAACGGACGAGCUACUGUUUUUCGGCGUUAUCUUAACAACAACCUAAGUCAUUUUCCGACCGUAACACAGCGACGAUUCAGCCCUUAAUGUCGCCGCAUUAACGGCAUUAGCAGUUGCCAGAUAAACGGAUGAAAGAGACAGUAAUCGCGGGUUCGUGUUGUUUACGCAUAAAUUACGUAUGCGCGAUUUUAUAAUAUAUAAAGCGUCCACGUCGCUUGGUGACCUCGAUAAGUUGAAAAUGCACGUCUCAUUGCUGUUGGUGGUAGUACUCGGUUGCACGGCGGUCUACGCUGGUUCCAUCCGGAGCCCAGGCGAUUAUCGGGAAAGAAUCGUUUCGGAGUCAGCACGAUCCCCGGGCACGGCACAAUCCAGGAUUAUAGGAGGAGAGAAAGCCACCAUAGAGAAAUAUCCAUUUGCGGUCUCGUUGCAGAACAAUGGUACGUUUUUCGGCCACCAAGUCGAGCAUUUCUGUGGCGGCAGUAUCGUCGGGGAAAAGUGGAUAAUAACGUCAGCGCAGUGCGCUCUCAGGAUACAAGUGAGGAAGUUUCACGUGAGAGCUGGCUCUAACAGUUAUUACGAGCACGGUGCUAUCUACGCUGUUAAAAAUACCGAGAUCCAUCCCGCUUAUAACGCCAUUAAUUAUGACUACGACGUUGGUCUCGUCGAGCUUUCCGAGAACAUUAAAUUCGACAAUACCAAGCAACCGAUUAAACUGCCAAAGUUCCAUUCGGCGCUCGAGGACGGCGCCCAGGUUCAAGUGCUCGGUUGGGGUGCAUCCGUGUUAUUAGGUCCCGUGUCGGAGGAACUUUUAUGCAGCACGAUGCAGAAAAUUAAUAACCAUGACUGCCAGGAAGCCAGCGGGGGUGACUUAUUAACGCACAGAAUGUUUUGCGCCUUAUCAAACACCGCUAGCGCCUGCGUCGGAGAUUCAGGCUCGCCUCUCAUUUAUAACGGCACGUUGUUCGGCGUAACAUCGUGGAGCCGAUCCUGCAUGUUGGAGUACCCGACCGCUUAUACAGCUAUAUCCGAAGUCAGCGACUGGAUCACCAAAGUUACUGGCGUAGCUUGAUCCCCUGAACACCGCGAUACAAAGCGUUCCAGAACAAGUGGGAUAGUUUACAAAUUAUUUAGCGCUUUUUUCAUAUCGUUUUCAACGUCGAAAUAACACCAUAGGAGUAACACAAUUCUUUUCCUUAUUGUAUGGUUCCUAACUUAUUGUAUAAAAUAAAAUAAAACUAGGAACGUAGAAAUUAUUAGCGAUACAAUUAAAUUGUGAGUUUUUUUUCUUCUUUAACUAUAAAAAUAUGUACCAGAGACUACCCAAACGUGUAAUCGGAACAUUUAACGAAGCUAAUUAAAUUUGUAAAUAUUACAACAUUGAAUGGUAGAGUUAUAUUUACAAAAGGGAACGACGCAAAAGAUAGGACUUCCCGACUUUCCGUAACAUGAGGAGCUGGUCGUGGUGUGCUGCAAAAUGUACACAACGAAAAUGUCGAUGGCCCGAUGAUACCUUUUCGACGAGGGAAACUGAUAGAAAUCCGUAUAAGCCAGGGAGGGAGGAAGUGCUUCGACGAGCGACGUUGGAAACGCGUUGAGAGAAAAUGUUUAAUUUCGAGGCUCCUCGAGACGUCGCUCCGUGAGCUGAUAGCUUUCGACUGGCCAUUGCAAUAAUCCUAUUAAACCGCAGACGCGAUCCAAUAACUUUUCUGUCACUGGCUCCUCGCGUCCUCCAUUCGACUGUUAUUUUUAUUUCGUUGCGUUGCGGUCUAUACUCGCUCACACGCGAUACAGACACACGCGUGUAGCAGAAAUGAAUUAACGCGCGAUCGCCGUGUUGCUUCUUUUUCGGUACAACUCAAGCGACAGUUCAAUUAACGGACUCGUUGAAGGAGCGACGAACACGUAGCACAAUUAAGCAUGGUGUGAGUUGGUCGCUAUAGUCAGAAAAAAGAAAUCAAAGUCUAUUAUUUGACAUAGAAACUGUUUUCAUAUUUCGAAUUAAGUCUUCGAAUGGAGGGGAUUCGAAGGAACUGUA